AUGCCACCAAAUGGUGAAACAAAUCAUGAAAUUUUAACAAGUGCACAUCAUGAAUCAUCAUCAUCAUCACCAUCAUACAUUAAUAAUGAUCGUUUACAUAUACAAAUUGAUGGGCAAUGGUAUGAUCUGACUCAAUGGCAAAAUUAUCAUCCAGGUGGUGGAGAAAUUCUUCAUAAUUUAAAUGGAAAAGAUGCAACAGAUGCAUUUUAUUCUCUCCAUAGUGCUGAAGCUAUUAAACGUUUAUCACAUUUAAAACCAUGUUCAUCUACUCGUGUUCAAUAUGCAUUACCAUAUCUAGAACCAACUAGUGUUGUAUUAUCUUUUCGGCAAUUACGAAAAAAAUUAAUCGAUGAAGGAUAUUUUAAUCGAUCAAUAUCUUGGGAAAUGUUUUAUCUUCUAUCAGUAUAUGCUUUAUGUUUAUUCGGUACAUUUUGUCAUUUUUAUUGGGGCUACAAUCUUCUAGCUAUUCUUACUAUUGGAUUUGGUAUGCAACAAGCUGGUUGGAUAGGACAUGAUUAUGCACAUGGUAGAGGUACAUGGAUGCAAUGGCUAUGCAGAACAAUGACAGGUUGUGUUAACGGCUUUAGUCCAACUUGGUGGUCACAUAAACAUAAUACACAUCAUGUUUAUACAAAUAAUCUUGGAAUUGAUACGGAUGUUGCUAAUGAUCCAGUAUUUCAUUUAUUUUUUCCAUCACAAGACAAAGAUGUUUGGUUUCGUCCUUAUCAACAUUUAUAUUUUAUACCCGUUUAUUCCUUAUUAUAUUUAAGUUGGCGAUGGCAAUCCUUUCAACAUACAUUUCGUACAUUAAAUUAUUCGGAAAUGUUUUUUAUGUUACUAAGUUAUACAUGGCUUUAUAUGCUAGGUUGGCAAGUUGCUCUUGGUUCAGUUCUUCUUGGUGGUUUUUUAGUCGCUAUUAUUGUUACCGCAACACAUCAAAGUGAAGAAAUGCUUAGUGAUUCAGAUCAUUCAUUUGUUGAAACACAAUUUUUAACAACAUGUGAUGCUCGAUGUGACAAUUUUUUCAUGGAAUGGUUAUGGGGUGGAAUGCAAUAUCAACUUGAACAUCAUUUAUUUCCAACAAUGCCGAAAUAUAAGUAUGCACGUUUAAGACCAAUUGUUAAACAAUGGGCAAAUGAUAACGGCAUUGAUUAUAAAAUUGAAAGUGUUUGGUCAAUUUGGUAUCGAAAUUAUCAAACGUUAAAAUACUUUUCACAUACCACAGUCGACGACAGUAAAAAAACACUUUAG